UUACAAGCAUAUAUAGUGAAUAGGAGUAUUCGUGCUAUAACUCAUUAAAUUACCAUACUGAAGGUACAAAUGUAUACGUUCUCUCAUCAGUAGUACGGCUUUGGCCAGACCAAAACUAAAAUACCCAACAGAACGAAAGAGCCGGCUAAUAUUUCGUUGCUAGGCAUCAGAUUCUCCUAAGAAUCAUGGAGGAUACUUACACUUUCAUAUACGUGCCGAACCGAGAGUUCAAUACUUUUAAAAAGAAAGACGUAGCCGAACUGUUAAUGAAAUGGUCAAUGAAAGACAAUCUCAGAUUUCAGACCUACUGCUUCAAUCAGCCAUUUCAAACGUAUCGGAAAAAUGAUUUGAUAGAAGCAUUUCUUAAGGACCAGACUGUGAUAGCGUCAUUGGAUUGCUUCCAACAAUCUUGGAAGCCUCGCGUGCCUGCCUGCAAGUCAACUCCUCCUCCGUAUGGAAUUGCUGCAGAUACUGUUGAAAUUAAACAAGUUCCUUGUACUGUAACAUCAAUGUCAUUUUUUGAUCCUCUUCUUGACAGUGAUAAUGGAAUUGUAAGAGGUGAUGGCUGGAUUUCAAAGUGCAUGAUUUAUUCUAUAGAUGGUUUCGAAAUAUAUGAUGAACUUGGAAAGGUACUUCUGGAUAGUGAAAGUGAAAAUUAUGAUAUAUUUUCUGAACAGGACCGGGAACAGUUUAUUUUCCAGAUCUUUAAGCAUCUCUGUCUUGGAGGAAAAUGGUGCCAAUAUGAAGAUAACAUAAAUCCCUACUUGGAAACAACAAAGUUAAUAUACAAAGAUCUGCUAAGGGUACAUAAAGACAGUACAAACAAGAAAUUAUAUAUAUCAUCUUUAGUAUUCAGAGUAGUUGCAAGAGACAAAAAUGGUAUUGCUUAUUUUCCGUUCAAUCCUGACAACAUCCAGAAUUUUGCAUACUUGAUAAUCGACCCACCAGAAAGAAAGAUCACUACUGUCACACAUAAUUAUGGUGGAAAUUUCAGUUCUUAACAAGACAUAUUAUUUAAACAGCUGACUAAGGUACAUGCUACCUUUUCAACCUAAUGGUGGUAAAUGGUGAAAAAAUGUCCACGUAUAUCCCAUAUAACUGAUUCAGCAACUAUGCAGCUUUCAUUACUAUGAAUUAGUAAUUGGAGGACCUUACAUCAGAGCAAACCAAGUACAAAUUAUAUUUUUAAAGUUAUAAAGCUUUAAAACAAAACCUGAUAAAUAAAAACAGUUUGUAAACUCACUCAUAGCAUAUGUUCAAUAUUAUUGAUUAGCAUUUCAUACAUCAGACACCU